AAGAAACCCUUAAAAAAGUAAAAAAUAAAAAGAGAAAAAAAAAGGAGGGAAGAGCAAAUCGAGGGGGUUUAGAAAAUCAAAAUUAAUAAAAGAAUCGUAAAAAGCGGGGGAAAAUCCGUCCUCAAUUUUCUCAAACCCUAGAUCCUAUACUCCGAUCGGAGCUCCGGCAUCAAAUCCGCCGCCAGAUCUCUCUAUUUCAGCGAUUUGACAGGUGAAAUUUCGCAGAUCUCGGGUUUGAUUUCGGGAUCCGCUAGGGUUUUGAUGAGUCCUGGAACUGUAGCGAUGGAGGGCGCGAAGCCCUCGAGUUCGCAGUCAGAUGGUGGUGAAUCCAUGGCAUUAAGAUUUGUUGAUCUUUGCAAGGGACUGGAUCUUGAUGUGAGCUUGACGAGUCAAGGGAUGUCAUUGUUUAAAGCAAUCAGACCGGUUCUUUUGGCCAAUUUGUCGUCAAUUGGAAGCGGAUCUCCAGAGGAGGUGGAAAGAAUCUGGUUGGCGUUUAUUCUCUACUGUGUGACAAAACUUGGAAAGUCGAAUCACGGAGGAGAAGGUCAGAAUCGGAUCAAGCUGUUUCAGAUUUUGAAGGCAGCCAAGCUCAACACUGUUGAUUUCUUCAGAGAGGCGUCACAGUUUUCGCUCAAGGCUGGCCCUAUUCUCAGUAACCUUUAUAGUCCUGAUUGGGAUAGGAGACUCGAGUUGGCAGAGUUGCAGGCAGUCGUAAUCCAAUUAAAUAAUCUAUGCAGGUUCUAUAAGCGAGCAUAUCUGCAGUUCUUUUUGGUGAAUGACACAGUCAGUGAUAAAAGCUCUGCAGCUUCAGGCAGUACAUGUUACAUCUCAGACUACCAUCAAUUUGGUUGGUUGCUAUUCUUGGCUUUGCGCAUCCAUGCAUCUAGCCCCUUUAAGGAUUUGGUCACCUGUACCAAUGCAUUGGUGUCUGUACUGGCUAUACUCAUCCUUCAUGUACCUAAGCGCUUCAGAAGUUUCUCCAUCGACGAUUCUUCUGUCUUUGUUAAAAAGUCUGGCAAAGGUGUCGAUCUUCUUGCUUCUCUGUCUCAUGUGUAUAAUACCUCAGAAGAUGAUUUGAGAAGAACUCUUGAAAAUGCUAAUAAAUUGAUAGAAGAUAUUUUGAAGAAGAAACCACAGCUUGCUUCAGAAUGCAAAGCAGAAAAUUUGUAUAGCAUAAACACAGAUGGUUUAACAUAUUUUGACGAUCUGCUUGAUGAAAAGUCACUGGAGAAAAAUCUGCUUAUUCUAGAAAAAGAUUAUGAUGAUGCAAUUAAUGCUAAAGGUGAGCUAGAUGAGCGCAUAUCUGCUAAUGAAGAUGACAGCUCUGUCACCAGUCAAAGCUUACUUGGAGGUGGCAGUAACAUAAGCGGUGCAAAGAGGUUUGAUGCAUUAGCUUCUCCGGCAAAAACUAUAACAAGUCCAUGUUUGGUUCAUUCUGCUGCAUCACCUGGAAUUGUUUCUGUGCAAACCAAGAUGGUUUCAGGUACACCUGUGAGUGCUGCCAUGACAAUGGCGAAAUGGCUUCGGACUGUCAUUUCACCACUUCCAUCAAAACCUUCAGCAGAACUGGAGCACUUUUUUUCAUUGUGCAAUGGAGAUGUAACCAGUCAUGUUAUCAGAAGGGCCAAUGUAAUAUUGGAGGCUAUUUUCCCAAGCAACUCUUUUGGAGAACGGUUACCAACCACAAACCUAAUGGAUAAUACAUGGGCAGAAGAGAGAAAAUCUGAGGCUCUGAAGUUGUAUUAUCGGGUUCUGGAGACAAUUUGCAAAGCAGAAUCAAAGUUGCAGAAUGGCAAUAAUCUUCCUUCUUUACUGUCCAAUGAGAGGUUCCACCGCUGCAUGCUUGCUUGUUCCGCUGAACUGGUUUUGGCUACUCAUAACACAGUAAUUAUGAUUUUUCCUGCUGUUUUGGAGAGAACUGGAAUUACAGCUUUUGAUUUGAGCAAGGUCAUUGAGAAUUUUGUGAGGCAUGAAGAAACUCUUCCACGAGAGUUGAAGCGACAUUUAAAUAGUCUAGAAGAACGACUCUUAGAAAGCAUGGCAUGGGAAAAAGGUUCAUCAAUGUAUAAUUCAUUGAUCAUUGCAAGACCAUCUUUGUCUGCAGAAAUAGAUCGUCUGAAACUAUUAGCGGAACCAAUGCCAUCCCUUGAUGCAAUUGGGACACUUCAAAACACUUCCACUCCAGGCUUGCUGCCUCUCCCUUUUCAGAAGCGAGAAGCUUCUCCAGAUCCUGACAAGCUUGUUGGUUGCACUGCAGAUGGAAACGGUGAUCCACGUUCUCCUAAGAGACAGUGUACAGAACACGGGAAUGUGCUGGCAGAACAUAACUCCCCAGGUCCUGUGAAGGAACAUCUCUUUGGCACUCCCAAAUCGAAGUUGCAUCUUCUUCAGUCUGCAUUUGCAAGCCCAGCACGGCCAAAUCCUGCAGGAGGGGGAACAUAUGCGGAUACAGAGAUUAAUGUUUUCUUUAGAAAGAUCUUAAAGUUGGUUGCUAUCAGAAUCAAGACUUUAUGUGAAAGAUUGAAGUGUAGUGAACAAUUCCUGGAGAACGUCUAUUGGCUUAUCCAGCAAAUUCUUAAUCAGCGAACGACAAUUCUUUUCAAUCGCCACAUUGAUCAAGUCAUCCUAUGUAGCAUUUAUGGGGUUGCUAAAGUAUCACAAAUAAGUCUGACAUUUAAAGAGAUUAUUAACAACUACAGGAAGCAACCACAAUCUAAACCUGAAGUAUUUCGCAGUGUCUUUGUUAACUGCCGAAAUGGGAAAAUGGGGGAGGGACAUGUGGAUAUCAUUACUUUCUACAAUGAAGUAUUUGUUCCAUCUGUGAAGCCAUUGUUGGUGGAGGUGGGCCCUGAUGGAAUUGCUCAAAAGAACAGUAAACUCACCGAAGAGAAGAACAACAGUGAUGGCCAAAUUCCUGGGUCGCCUAGGUUACAACCUUUCCCAAGUCUACCGGAUAUGUCUCCAAAGAAAGUGUCGGCUUCUCAUAACGUUUAUGUUUCUCCUUUGCGGCAAUCUAAGAAGGACGCUUUGCUUUCACCAAGUUCCAAAAGUUACUAUGCAUGUGUGGGCGAGAGCACUCAUGCAUAUCAGAGCCCAUCGAAGGACCUCACUGCCAUUAAUAACCGCUUAAAUUGUGGCAGGAAGAUCAAUGCCAGGCUCAACUUCGAUGUAGUGAGUGAUUCUGUUGUAGCUGGUAGUCUUGGCCAGCAGCAUGGCGGUUCUGCAUCCUCAGCUGCAGCUGGUUUGCCCCCAAAAAGUGAGCAACCUGACACAUAAAGUUGCUGACAGAUUGUUAGCAUUACAAUCCCUGUAUGUAGCCUCCUCUGAUACAGCAUCAUAGGUACUAAUUUAAUAUGUACAUUGGUUGAGAAAACUGGGAAUUACUCUUGUUCAGCAUGUCUAUGUACAGAAUAAACAGUUCUGCUGCCCCUGUGAAUCUCCUGAUUCAAAAUGUAUUAGGCUUUGGGAUGUAAAACAGGUUCUAAUUAGCUUAAUAAAAUGUAUCCGCCUUUUUCUUUUCA